UCCUCCUCCUUGUCCUCCUCAAAUUAAGCAGUAGCAGUGCUCUUUUCCUUCCUUACUUUUUUAAGAGCUAGAUGGACGUUGCCCAAAGGAAAAGGAAAGAAAAAAAAGGGAGGGACACGAAAGAAACAGACCAACCAUCAGGAACAGGAUCCAUCCAUCUCUGAAUCUGGAGCAGCAGAGCCGAGCUCGUGUUUCCUAUCCUGUACUGUUGUUCUGUGCAUCCAUCCGUUCGUUUGAUCAGAUGCCAUGCAAACAAGCAAGCAUCGACUUCACUUUGCUAGCCGCUCGUCUGCAGCAAGUUUCCCGGCCGGCCGGGAAACAAGUGAAAAGCAAGCAAGCCACUGCACUUCACUCUCACAGUGAUCACUGACCAGUAGUGAGUGUGAGUCUUUUCUUUGCUUUGCUCUGCUUUGCUUUCCUUGCGAUCCGCAUCAGUGUAAGCACAUGCCACCCACCACCACCAUCAUCAUCACCAUCAGUCACACAUGCAUGAUAAAAAGAAGAAGAAGAAGAAGAAGCGGCCGCCGGCCGUAUCCAGACUGCACUUCCACUUCCACCAGACCAGACCAGACCAGACCAGGCACUGCCUGCUGCUUCCACACCCUGACACGCAUGCACCAGAAGCAGCCCCCACGCCGCGGCGAGGCCCCCGCCGCCGUGUCACCGGGCCACUACGCGGCCGCGGGUCAACCCUUCUUCAGGCCGCCGCCGCCCCCGACCGACCCGCCGGAUCGCCCCUCGCCCAGGCAGCCGGGGCACCGCUAUGCGGAGCGCCCUCUGUCCAGGCCGCCGGGUGGCCCCAUGCCCAGCAGGGUUCCACCUCCACCGCACGCAGGAGAGGCCCCCCUGCCGCCCCCUGUGCGGCCCGGCACCAGGUCGAGGUCGUCCUCCGCGCUGGCGUCCUGCCUGGCCGCGACGGCGUUCCUGCUGCUGUCGGCGGGCGGUGCGGGCGCCGCGCUGUUCCUGCUGUUCCGGCCGCGGCCCCCCGACAUCGCGGUGGCCGCGGUGCGCCUGCCCUCCUUCGCGGCCGCCAACGGCACCGUCGCCUUCACCUUCCAGCAGACGGCGUCGGUGCGCAACCCCAACCGCUCCCCGCUCGCGCACUUCGACAGCUCGCUCCGCGUGGCCUACGCCGGCGGGGAGCUCGGCUCCGUCUACAUCCCGGCGGGCCUCAUCGACGGGGGGCGCACCAAGGACAUGUCCGCAACCUUCGACGUCCCGGCCAUCCCCGUCGAGCAGCAGCAGCAGCAGCAGCAAGAGCAGCAGAUGGCCAUCGAGGUGGAGUCGCUGCUGGUUGUCAAGGGGAGGGUGAAGAUGCUGGGCUUGCUCACGCACCGAGUGCAGGCGGCCAAGGUGUGCCGCGUCGGGGUCUCGCCCGUCGACGGCAGGGUGCUCGGGUUCCGCUGCUGACUAUCAGGCUUGCUCACUCUGCUGUUGAGAAAAUUGGAAAUGGAAUGUGUACAUGCUUGCUUGCUUAUACAGUAUCAGUAUGAAUGGAUUCUAGCUAGAUAACUGUCACCAGUCCUUUUCCCCA